ACAAAUUUUUCUACCUGGAGGCUUGUACAUCAUCCCUUGAAUGCUCGUUUUGUUCUAUCUGACCCAAAGAAUGGUAGUUUGGUACCCAUUUGGACACACGAUUUACAGAAAUAUUUAUAUUACGAAUAAAUUGAUGCUGUCAAUCGGGUACCAAUAAUAAAUUAAACGAUGGCGCAUUAUGAAAUUGACAAAGUAAUGGAACAUACAACAUCUAAAAGCGGAGAAUUUACAUUAUACGUGAAUAACCUACCCAAGGAAUUAAAUGAAAAUGGUUUAAUGCAAAUCUUCAACCACUAUGGAGAUGUUAAAGGACAUUUUUAUCGUCCAAAUGCCAGUUGGGCUUUUAUUACUUAUAAUACAUAUCGUGAAGCUGAAAAUGCUAUCAAGGAUUUACAUGAUGUAUUACCAUUACAUUUGAAAGUAUCAUUUGCAAAUGAAAAAGCAUCUAACAUAGUUCAAUUUCCAAAAAGAUCUGAUUCUGAGCAUAUUACAGAAUUAAAUAAUGGCAAAGAUAUAAGGAAUGUUAGAUAUGAAAACAAUUUACCUUUGCAAGCAAAAGGACGGGGCAAACUUUUAGAUAUACUUAAAAAAGUGGAACCAAAUUCAGAGUUACCUACAUACACAUAUACAACAGAUACUGAUUUAUUGUACCCAUAUCCUGUAGAUCCAUAUACAUAUAAUCCAUAUGAAAAUGCAGAACCUUAUGGAAAUACCAAUACAUUAUGGACAAGAGGACAGUUAACCAUUACACAAGAUGGAAAGAGACAUGUUUCAUUAGGCAGAGGUUAUACAAUGUAUGAAAUCCCAUGUCCUGAGCCUGAAGUUCAGAAUCAUAUUCAUAAAGUACAUGAAAAACGUACUAAUGGGUUGUAUGAAUAUGGCAAAGAUGUGUUACAAACUGCAAUUGGGAAUUGCAAAAAAUGUUCUAGGAAAUCAAAAUUUAGUUGUGAAAGAUGUCAUAGUUUUUACUGUAGUAAAAGCUGUCAAGUUGCUGAUUGGGCACAACAUAAAACUAAAUGUCAAGAUAUUCCAAUGUUAGUGCCGCUACCAGAGUAUUCUACCCCUGUAUCACGAUCGAAUGAAGAGCAGACGCCUUCUAGAAAUAUCUCCCGUAUUCAAAUGCCUCUUCGACAACCGAAGAAAUUAAUGAAUGCAUUAACAUCUUCAAAAGAAGGUAUUAAUACCAUUGCAAAAGAUGAAGAUGAAAAUAACACAAGUGUAGCAGAUUCUAAUGACAAUACACAUGAUAAUACGUUGAAGAAAAUACAUACCAAUACCAAUGGUCAACAUGAUGCAUAUCAGAAAAAUGAAGCAAAAGAAAAAAUAACAACUCCUGCAUAUAAUAGAAUUAGUACCGAAUCUAAACAAGUUGAUGUCGAUAAUAAAUUCAAAACUGAUAAUAAAUAUACUCAGUCAAAUCCAAUCAAUCAGCCUAAGAAACCACUUGAAAAAGACAAUGAUGAUGAAAACUUAGAAAAACACACCAAAAGGUUACAACCUUUUGGUAUAAAUGAUGUGAAAAAGAUGGAAGAAGAUAUAGCUUUUUCCAAACAUACAUUUUUACCAAAAUCUAAAUUUACUGAUGUAAGGGUAAUCUUAAAGUUAGAUCGUGAAAUUUGGAUUCAGAAGGUAGAAGAUGACAAUGAUCUUAUACAACUGAUGACGGAGUUACAAGAUGAAGCAGAAAAAAACCCCAAAAUGGAACCAAUAAUCGGUAAUAUGUAUGCUGUUCAGUAUGAAAAUGUUUGGCAUAGGGCUGUAGUUACAGCUUUAAAUCCUACAAAAGUACAUUACAUAGAUUACGGUAAUGAUGAAAUUGUAGAAACAAACGAUUUUCGUGAAAUUAAUAAAUACAAAAAUAUUCCAAGAUUUUGUGCAAAACUUCGUUUAUCAGAAAAGGCAAACAAAAAAUAUAAAAACCUCAAAUAUGAAGAUAUAAUAGCGGUUAAAAUGAUAUCAGUCGAUUCGAAUAAAGUAAUUAAUAUUGAAGUUGAAGGAGAAAACGAUACAUCAACAUUAGAUGUAAUUCCAAAAAAUGCUUCGAUGACGGAUAAUUCAACUACUAUAAAACCUAAUGAUAAAACUCCAGAUUUACAAAAAGUUCCUAUUAACGAUAAAACAUCAAGCCUUUUAAACAACCUGAAAAAUGUGGUGAAUACCGUGUUUGUUGGAGAAAUAGGUAUUUUAGAAAUUCAUGCAGAAUUAAGUCAGAAUAUUUACAGUAUUACGUUAUUACCACAUAGUGCAACAUCCAAUUAUGAGAAACUCUUAAAUGACUUACCUGCAAUGUGUGCAGACACAGUAGAAAACUCAGUUCAUAGACCACAGAUAGGAGAUUUAAUAUGUGGGCAAAGGCUUGAUGGCGAUUGGCUUAGAGGAUAUGUUUUAUCCCUUGAAUCUCCAUUAAAAAUGGCUAUAAUAGAUGAAGGUAGAAUGGCGACAAUUACGAAAACUGUGCCAUGUACUGAACAGUUUUUGAAUAUUUGUGCAUUUGGUGCAGUGUGUAAAGUAACUGAUGUUAAAUACAAAUUUAAUGAAGGUGAUCAAUAUGAAUUUAAAGUGAUAGGACAAAAAACUGAUAAAAAACCGGAGGAAAUAGAAAUAGAAAUUACUAAAGAACAAGAUAAAGUAAAAGCUAUUGUAAAGCCUUGGAUACCAAUGCCUGAGCAGAAAGGAUUACAAUAUGCUGAAUUAAAAAGUGGAUCCGAGGUAUGCUUAACUGCUUUCCGAAGUCAUAAUUUUUUAUUCGCUCGAUCUUUAAGCACUUCAGAAUUAGAACAUUAUAAUUACAUUAUGCAAAAUGUUGCAAAGUGUGCUCAAACAUCUCCAUACUUAAAAGAAUUACCGGUUGUUGGACAAAUGGUAAUAGCUCAGUAUCUUGAUGAAAAUUAUUAUCGAGCGAUUGUCACUAAAGUACAGGAUGAUAAAGUUGCAAUUUCUUAUAUUGAUUUCGGAAAUACAGAAGUUGUGAACGUAAAGAAACUUAAAGUUUUAAACAAUGAUUUAAAAGAGAUGCGAUCUUGCACAGCCAAGAUCAUUUUAAAAGAUGUUCCUCGAGAUAUUCCUAUGACAAACGAAGUGAGCAAUUAUCUCAGUUCUUUGGUAGGAUUUGAUGUUCCUUUAAUAUGUACAUUUGAUGGUAUACCUUCUAAAGAUGGUGUGUAUCUUAAAAAUCAAGAUGGAAGCAGUAUUAAUAAAAAAGUAAGUGAAAUGCUCAAACCACCGACAAAGGAGACUGCCGAAAAAGAUAAAACAUGUUAUAUGAUAAAUGAUAUAAAUGUUGUCAGCUUAGGGAAUGUCGGAGACACUGUUGACGUUCUUGUAUUAGUUACUAUUGAGGAAGGUUACAAAUAUGCAAUAUGCCCAUUAGAUUAUUACUUAACAAACCAUGUUUACGAUGUAAUGCCUAAACUGACAAAAGCAUAUUGUGAAUCAAGCGAUUACUAUAUUCCUCGCGAGAAAGAGCUUUGUCUUGCUCUUUAUGAAGAUGACUGGUAUCGCGCAACUUGCCUCUGUCGUAGUGAAACGCUUACAACAAGUUCUGUUUUCUUUAUCGACUUUGGUAAUGUUGAAAGUGUUGAUCAUAAAAAUAUACGUCUUAUGCCAAAAGAUUUUAUGGUCCCUGAUGCACUUGCAAGUAUUUGUCAUAUUAUUAAUGCAGGACCGACUGACAAAAAUGGCCGAUAUUCUUCUGAAGUAGAGAAAAAAGUCUCUGAAAUGUUACUUCCUUCUGCUUGUAUUAAAGUAAAAAUUGUUGAAUGUGAUGAAACAGCUGGUAUAUAUAAGGUGGAGUUACCAUGACUUUAAAACAAAUUGAUAAAAGCUA